CGCCCGCAUGCCAUCUCAAACCUCUACUUUCCUCGAUUCUUCCACUGCUCUCGAGCACUUGAAGGCCUAUCCUCGCUUUGAUGGCUUAUCUGUGAAGGAACUCAUGGACUCGCAGGUUCAUGGAGGACUCACCUACAACGACUUUCUUCUUUUACCUGGAAAGAUCGACUUUCCUGCUGGAGUGGUCAACACGGAGAGUCGAAUUACGAGGAAUGUGACGCUCAAAACCCCAUUUCUGAGUAGUCCUAUGGACACUGUUACUGAGGGUGAGAUGGCUAUUGCGCUGGCUCUCUUAGGAGGCAUAGGCGUCAUACACCAUAAUCAAACUGCCGAGAAUCAGGCCGCUAUGGUCAGGGCCGUCAAGCGCCACGAAAACGGUUUUAUCACCGACCCCGUUGUCCUUUCUCCGACAAACAGUGUUGAAGAUGUGUUAGAUAUCAAGGCCAGGCUUGGAUUCUGUGGUAUUCCCAUCACAGAUACCGGUAAACUUGGCGGAAAGCUGGUCGGUAUUGUCACCUCGCGCGAUAUUCAGUUCCGAGGUCCCGCUACGCCACUUACUGAGGUUAUGGUCACCAACUUGGUAACGGCCCCACAGGGCAUCACACUUCCAGAAGCGAAUGACAUUCUUCGUGACUCUAAGAAGGGAAAGUUACCCAUUGUCGACAAAGGAGGGUGCCUAGUUUCCCUCCUCGCGCGCUCCGAUCUUCUUAAAAACCAGUCGUAUCCUCUUGCUUCCAAAAAUCCAGUCACGAAACAACUCUAUGCUGCCGCGGCUAUCGGUACCCGUCCAGCAGACCGUGAUCGCCUCAACCUUCUUGUCGAGGCCGGACUCGACGUCGUUGUUCUUGAUUCGUCCCAAGGCAACUCGACGUUCCAGAUCGAGAUGUUACAAUGGAUCAAGGCCACUCACCCGAAGCUUGAUGUCAUUGCUGGCAAUGUGGUCACUCGCGAGCAAGCAGCCUCCUUGAUUGCCGCUGGUGCUGACGGUCUCCGUGUUGGAAUGGGAUCCGGUUCUAUUUGCAUCACGCAGGAGGUUAUGGCUGUUGGCAGACCACAGGCAACGGCAGUUUACGCUGUCGCGGAGUUUGCCAACAAGUUUGGUGUCCCUGUUGUUGCUGAUGGCGGUAUCAGUAAUGUCGGCCAUAUCGUCAAAGCUCUGGCCCUUGGUGCUGGUGCCGUCAUGAUGGGUGGUCUCCUUGCGGGAACAGAAGAGGCCCCUGGUGAAUACUUUUACCACGAGGGGAAACGUGUGAAGGCUUAUCGAGGGAUGGGGAGCUUGGAGGCUAUGGAGCAGGGUAGACCGGGUGGGACUAUCACCAAAGUUCGUGGAUCUGCGACUGGUUCCAACAAGUACCCGUAUCCCAAGAAGGUUGAAACGUUGGAGAACGCUGCAACGCAGAGGUACUUUUCGGAGAACAGUGCUGUAAAGGUCGCGCAGGGUGUUAGCGGAGAUGUUCAGGAUAAAGGAAGCAUCAAGGCCUUCGUUCCCUAUCUGUAUGCAGGUCUGCAGCAUUCGUUCCAAGACGUCGGAGUCAGGAAUGUCGCGGAGCUUAGAAAAGGUGUCGAGUCUGGCUCGGUUCGGUUUGAAAUGAGGACUGCUAGUGCUCAGGUCGAGGGAGGAGUGCAUGGGCUUAACUCAUAUACAAAACGAUUGUUCUCUGGUUGAUUGAUGUAUUUUUACUGUUGCGCUUAGCUAGGCUUGUGGAUGUAUCAGAGUAGACAUUGUUCGGUAGAAAUACCGAUGUAGAACAUUCGAAUUUGAUUUCAAAUCUCCUCAG